AUGACAGAUAACAACUCAAUGAUUGGUGGUGAGUCCUUGCGCAGAGAGAUCAAUUACCGGGUCAUUAUAGUGCAGGUUCUAGUGGUGAUUUUCCUUUCCAUCAACCUGUUGCUUAUUGUGACCUUUUUUUCAAAGGACUUCUUCUACACAACCAUGCGCUACAUCUUAUUUUCUAUAACACUACUGUCUGAUUGUCUGUUUUUACUCAUAACUAAUAUCUUGCUCAUUUUAAGCUAUUUUCGUAUUAACAUACAGAUGUGGUUGUGUCUUAUUACAUAUAUAUUUUUGUCUCUGUACACUUUUGUCACACCAGUUACUUUGACAGUAAUGACUCUGGAGCGCUGUGUGGCCAUUUGCAUGCCCCUGCGCCACGGAGAGCUGUGCUCCACACGCAACUCUCUGCACUGUGUCCUGAUCAUUUACAGCCUCAGCUCUGUACCCUGUAUUGUUGUUCUCUCCAGCUUCUUUGCAUCCGCGACUCACAUCUUCUAUACCCAGGGCAGAAUAUGCUCAGUGGAAAUAUUUAUUAUUCACAAAUGGCAGGGUCAUCUUCGGUCAGCUAUAAAUCAGUUUUACUUCUUGCUCAUGAUUAUUGUUAUUGUAUUCUCAUAUGUUAAAAUAAUGAAUGUGGCCAAAGCUGCAUCAGGAAGGAAAAAGAAUGUAACAUGGAAAGGGCUCCGAACGGUAAUUCUUCAUGCUUUCCAGCUGCUGCUCUGUCUCAUCAGUCUGUGGUGUCCAUUAAUAGAAGCUGCUGUACUACAAAUUAAUUUAAAGUUAUUUAUAGAUGUCAGGUAUUUUAAUUACAUUACUUUUAUACUUGCUCCAAGAUGUUUGAGUCCUCUUAUUUAUGGCCUCAGGGAUGAAAGGUUUUUUCAUGCACUAAAAUAUUAUGCUCUCUGUGGCUUGUAUAAAAAAACAAUCAUCUGA